AGAACAGAACAUAACACUUGACAGUAACAGCAGUAAUGAAUCCACUCACAGAUUCAGACUCUUCACGUUUUCCAACUCUCCUCAAACACCAUUUUAAACUUGACUUCUUCUCUACUUCACAUCUUCUCCAUUGCCUUUUUAAACUCAUCUUCUCAAGUCCACAACACACACAUUCUCUCUCUCUCUUAGUCUUCAACUCAAGAUAACAUCGAAUGGAAGAUGAUCAUCACCAAGUAGAAGAAGAAGAGAUCAACAAAACUAAAGGAGCAAGCAAGACAGACGAAGACACAUCUUCAUCGAGAGUAUUCUCUUGCCUCUUUUGUUCUAGAAAGUUCCAGAGUUCUCAAGCCCUAGGAGGCCACCAGAACGCCCACAAGAAGGAGAGAACCGAAGCGAGAAGAGCCAAAAGGGCUUACGAUUUCGUCAACAGCAAUGACUUUCUUCACACGUUACCUGUAUUCUUAUCAUCCCCUUCUCCGCACCACUUGACCAUAUUAGGCUACCCUUCAUCUGCCUCGGUUGGCUGCUUUCCAGCUGCUCAACCCGACCAUCCAAUCAUCAGAUCCAACGGUGCUCAUGCUGUGUUGGCGACAUCCCACCAAGGCAGAGAUAGCAGACGAGGGUAUUUUGGUCAGCAACGUGUUCAAAUUUUGGAUCAUAAUUGUAACGUGGUCACUAGUGAGAAUGGUAGAGAUCAUUGUCUUGAUCUCUCCCUCCAUCUGUAGGGUUUAUUGUUCCAGUGGGAAAAGACCUGAAUGUCUCAUUUUAAGUGAACUAAAGUUGGUAAUUCAAGUAUGUUCAAAAAAAAAGUUGGUAAUUCAAAAAAAAAAAUUUGUACAACAAAAUAUAAAAAAACACUAGAAUAAUUAGAAAUAGCCUAACAUAAAAACAGUUUUUUUAGAAUACAUAUAAAAAAUCAAUAGGAACUUUUUUUAUAUGGGUUAUUUAGCUGAAAAAUACAUGAUAUGAAAGAUAUUUAGGAAUUGAUGCUGAAAACUUUUUAAUUAGGUAUCUGGAUACAUGAGAAAGUGA